AUGGAUCGCCCGAGAUGUGUAUGGGUAAGGAAGGCGGACGCCCGGGUGCCUGGUAAGCUGCCGAUUGUCUAUUCCAAGAGCUACGCAGUGCGCUUCCAUGGCCUUGAACGCCUGCACCCCUUCAACGCGGCCAAGGGCAAGCACAUCUACAAGGCUCUGUGCGCCGAAUUUUCCCUGGCCGAGGGCAGCUUCUACGAGCCCGAGGAGCUCACCAAGCACCAGCUGCGCCGCAUUCACACCCGCCAAUACCUGCGUUCGCUGCGGUGGAGUCUGAAUGUGGCCCGCAUCGCCGAGGUGUCGCUGAUGGCAUUCGUUCCCAACAACUAUCUGAAUCACUUCUAUCUGCGACCGAUGCGCUUCCAGGCGGCCGGCUCUAUUCUGGCCGGAAAACUGGCCCUGGACUAUGGCUGGGCCAUCAACUUGGGCGGCGGCUUCCAUCAUUGCUGCUCGAACAGGGGCGGCGGCUUCUGUGCCUAUGCGGACAUCUCCUUGCUGAUUGUCCGUCUCUUCGAUCAGGAGCAAUGCCGGGUACGCCGCAUCAUGAUUGUCGACCUGGACGCCCACCAGGGAAACGGACACGAGCGCGACUUUAGCAACUGGGAUACAGUCUACAUCCUGGACAUAUACAAUGCUUUGAUCUAUCCCAGAGACAACGUGGCCAAGCUGAGCAUCCGUAGCGGCGCGGAGCUGCCGAACCACACCGAGGAUGCAACCUACUUGCGGCAGCUCGGCCGCUGUCUGAUGCAGUCCCUGGCCGCAUUCCGGCCCGAUGUGGUCAUCUACAAUGCCGGCACCGAUAUCCUCAAGGGGGAUCCUCUGGGCAACAUGGACAUCACCGCCGAGGGAGUGAUUGAGCGCGACCGCUUGGUGUUUAGCACAUUCCGUGGCCUAGGCAUACCGGUGGUCAUGCUGCUCAGCGGGGGCUAUACGAAGGCCUCCGCUCGCGUCAUUACCGAUUCAAUUGUCAAUCUCCGUCAGCACGGAUUGCUGGACCUUAGUCCGUUGUAGUAGAACAUUGAUUUAAAAGAGAAAUUUGAUGAUCUUUAAUUGUUUUAUGAGUGGAAAUGAAGUGGUGGACUCACCCUCAAUGGAUAAAUGUAUGGAAAUUGAACUCUGGCUGAUGGACACGUGGAAACGAGCGCUGUGAAUGGAAACAUGUUGAGUGAUUGCAUACGAAUUUUGCCCCAAAAAUAAAAAUGUAUACUUCGUGUAGGUGGGCUUUUGAUGAAUCCAAUGAGAUGGGUAUAUAUUUGGAGAUUUUAAAUGCAUAUCUCAUUGUAUUCACAACAAAAUUGGACACUUAGAUCACACCUUAUCAAAAUUUAUUAAACGUACAUAAGUUAAA